AUGGCCGGAGUUAGUGUUAAGUAAGUAGGACCAUUGGAAUCGUGGUACGCGGUUUCCUUGUAUUGUCUGUCGUGGUGGAUAGGAUUCAAAGAGAACUCUUUGAACGUCAACGAAAUAUUAAAUUAUGGUUUCACCUAUUUGAGAUUUUCAAGACACCAAUCACACUUGGGCAAGUUAAGUUUUUUUGACUAAAAUACUAACCUUUAUUACAGAGACGUUCCAGCGCAAGAAUUUAUAAAUGCAUAUGCACAAUUUUUACAAAGACAAGGUAAAUUGGAAGUUCCAGGUUAUGUUGAUAUUGUCAAAACUUCAGCUGGUAAUGAUUUACCACCUCAAGAAGCUGAAACUUGGUUUUACAAAAGAGCUGCAUCAAUUGCUAGACAUAUCUACUUAAGAAAACAAGUUGGUAUUGGUGCUUUAAACAAAUUAUAUGGUGGUGCUAAAAACAGAGGUUUCAGACCACAUAAACACGUUGAUGCUUCAGGUUCAGUUAACAGAAAAGCUGUUCAAGCUUUACAAAAAAUUGGUGUCUUGGAAAUCUCACCAAAAGGUGGUAGAAGAAUUUCAGAAAAUGGUCAAAGAGAUUUAGAUCGUAUUGCUGCUCAAACCUUAGAAGAAGAUGACGAAUAG